AUGAGCGAUGCGGAGCCAUCUUCGGACCCUAUCCAACUAUUACCACCCAGAAGAACAGUCAAUCCUGAGACCGCGUUCUAUGCUUCUUUGAGCCCUCUCUCAACUGGCUCUCAGCUCUCAGAGGCCGUUGCUCACGUCGCCGCGGCAGCACCCGUACCAUACGUCCAGGUGGCACAAUUAGCACCUUCAGAACGCGUCGUUUACCAUGAACUUGCUGAACUCGAAUUGACGUCGGACCACGAGCUGUAUAACUUCACACCCCAUUCUGUGGUCGGCGAGUUCCGUCAGGGCUCUGUCUUGUGGUAUUUUGCAAGAGACAAAGUGGGGCCAGCACACAAGUUCAAAGCAGCAGAGUUCGCGAAACAGUACCCCACCCUCGCCGAAGAUUUCCAACGUAGGAAGAUGGAUGGAACGUUGCCUUCUUUCGACCCGAAUGGACCUGAUGUUCACCCACAGUCGCGUGUCAAGAUGACGAUCGCCUUCACUGAACUGCAAAGACAAGUAAAGCAACAAAAUCUCGUGCGCGCCGGGCCAUCACGCAUCCCAUUUGACAACGAAGGUGAAGAGUGGGAUAACGACAUUGCUGAGGGCAGUUCUCCCACCCGUGUCGAAGACAGCGAGGCUGAGAGCGAGGAUGAAGACGAGGACGAAAGCGACUUCUUGGUGGGGAGCCGUGUUACCCGUGGGACCACUAAAGCCACUGCCACCAACAAACGGUUCACAAGAAGAGGACAGUUACCUUUCAGCCCGAGAAAAACGCGGUCCAAGAACGUGGUGAUCAACGUGGAUUCGGACGACGAGGACGGUAGUCCAGUCGAGACUGCUCAAGCUCUGCGGCGUUCUAGCAGGGCCACAACAAAUCGCAGGAAAACCCUGGCUGACGACGACUACCAAAGCGACAAUUCGGACGACUCUGGCUCUCAGUUUGAGGCUCAUUCUCGUGGGUCUAGAAAGGGGAAAGCUACGCAGCCCAAAAAAGUGCGUCGCGGAAAAGAGGCCCGUCCAGCGUAUGGUCAUUUCCGCCUGGUCGCAGACCUAGACUACGAUCCAUGUGAGGACGAAGAUACCGUCGCUCUUCGUGCACACCGAGAUAUAUGCCAGAAGUGCCAGCGUAAGCCAACGCACCUCCUCUUACUGAAACCGAAGGGUAGAACCAAAAAGAAGAGGGCGGACGAUGAAGAUCAGGAUUCGGAGGAAGACUUGGCUUCGUUAGGCGGCUGGGUGAGAUGCCUCAAGUGCCCCUUAUCAGCUCAUUGGAGCUGUUUGGCCGGUACACAACGCAACGAGAUCCUCAAAGCAGCGCUCCAACGAGAUCGAAACAGAUGGCAACAAGCUGCGAAAUUUGCCGAAGGAAACGAUACAAAUGUGUUGCCUGAGCCUAAGCGGCGCGAUAGCCUCAGUGCCUAUCAAACAACCGAGUUCAUAUGUGCGAUGUGCAUGAAAGGCGGUGUGUGCAUGGGCUGUUUGGAUGUCGCACUGGAACCAGAAGAUUCACAUUCGAAGCCCAAUGACGACAAUAUCGUUCCCUCGAAGAUGGGCUCAAAGGAUCCGGAAGGCUCUCCUAGAGUAACUCUUAAUGAUGUCGAGAUAAACGACGUUCCUCAAGUGCCUGUUAGUGGUUUGUCUGCAGAAGAACCCAAUAACUCGUCUAGUGCUCUUCAAAAAGAACUAUUGUUCCGAUGUUCAUUGUGUCGACGCCUAGCUCAUUAUGCUCACCUUCCUUCUCCUGACGACACUGCCGUUGACGAUGGCGAUCUUGUUGGCCGUGCGAUGAUCGCUAGUUAUUAUCAGCAUGAAAACAAUUGGACAUGUGCGGAUUGUUCUUCUUAUCAGUACACUGUCGACAAUAUCUUGGCUUGGCGACCCUUUCCUCCAAAUACCAUCGAACCUCUUCAGCUUGCGGGUCAAACUCCACAUUACAAAGAACCACUUUCUCGAGAAUACCUGGUCAAGUGGCUCGACCGAAGCUACAGACGCACUAGCUGGGUUCCUCACGGAUGGCUGUUAGCCACACACGCCGCAAAGUUAAGGCAUUUCUUGGCAGAUGGAUCCAGAAUCGAGCUUUUGAAGGAGCCUGUCAAAGAGGAUGCGAUUGCGAAUGCCGUAGCCGAGGGAGGCAUUGGCGUCGCAGAGGAGUCGAGAGAGUCUUCGGUCAGGCUUGACACUGUCAAGUCAGCUAUAUCUUUGUUCUUAGGUGCUCUCCCCGACGCGGACCGUCGGAUUCCUCCGGCUUGGAAGACCAUAGACCGCCUUCUUGACGUCAAGUUAUGGUCCCCCGUCAGGCAAAGCUCGAAGACAAAAUCAUCCAAGCGCACUGCGAAGGAUGCCAUUGUCAUUAGCGACGACGAGGAUGAAGAUGAUGAAGAUGACGCCGUGAUUGAAGCCCGGUAUCAGCGCAACGCUGCCUUUAAAGACGGCGAACCGCCUGAUGAGCACUUCAUGAUAGGCAUAGAUGAGUUCGAAAAGACUCGAACUAUGGUCGCGGAAGACAUUAGCAAGGUGGUGUGGGCGUUCAUCAAGUGGGAUGAUUUAGGCUACGAUGAAGCUACUUGGGAUUCUCCACCUCGCACUGGAGAGCCCGGUUACGAAGCUUUCGAAGCCGCAUUCAGGUAUCUGAUUGAGUCCCGAAAGGUCACUGUACCUUCACGCACCAAGGCUCAAUAUCAAGAGUUAGAUAACCGGAAGAAGGACGGCUACGCCCAUUACCGAUUGCUAGAGGGACAGCAGCCUAAUCUGGGGCAGAGCGAGCAACUUAAACUCAUGCCUUUCCAGAUUGAUGGCUUCAACUGGCUUUGCGAUAAUUGGUAUAACCACCAAUCUAGUAUCCUCGCCGACGAAAUGGGUUUGGGCAAGACCGUCCAAAUUGCAACAUUUGUGGGCAAGAUAAUAGCGCAGUGGAAAGCAUAUCCGGUUCUUAUUGUCGUCCCUCAGUCCACAAUCACAAACUGGGUCCGAGAACUCGCACGAUGGGCACCCGCUCUUCGCGUCGUUCCUUUCUAUGGCGAAGCCAAAUCCCGUGAAAUCAUCAAGCGGUACGAACUGAAACACACACGUAUAUCUUCUGGAACGACGGGAGCCAAAUUCCAUGUGUUGGUCACUACUUACGAUAACGUCUCAAAUUCGAAAGACUUCACGCCUGUGUUUAAGAGCAUCGCCAGGUGGGAGGUGUUGGUCGUAGAUGAAGGACAGAGACUCAAGAAUGAUAAUAGUCUUCUUUUCAAGAAGUUGAAUGAGCUAAAGAUUGCACAUCGCAUCAUCAUGACCGGCACACCGCUGAACAACAACAUUCGUGAACUCUUCAACUUGAUGAAUUUCUUGGAUCCGGAUCAGUGGAAUGACUUGGAACAGCUAGAGAAAGACCACGAAGAAUUGACCGAGGACCUCGUCAAACAACUGCAUGAGCGAUUGCGGCCCUAUUUUCUGCGACGUGUCAAAGCAGAUGUCCUGCAAUUACCACCCAAGAAUGAGGUCAUUGUUCCCGUCUCGAUGACAUCUCUUCAAAAAGAAAUAUACAAAUCGAUAUUGAGUAAAAAUCUUAGCAUCUUGAUGACCUUGACUCGGUCUUUGGGAGAUUCGAAGACUAGGUCAUCUUCGAGCGGUGUCAAAAGCAAUAUGAUCAAUAUCCUCAUGGAGCUACGAAAAUGUAUACAGCAUCCCUAUCUCGUGUCAAACGACAUCGAGCCUAAGAAUCUGAGCGAGCGAGAGUCGCAUGAGAGGUUGGUUGCUGCCAGUGCAAAGUUGAGGCUGCUCAGGGCAUUACUACCAAAGCUCAAAGCCCGGGGACACCGUGUCUUGCUAUUCAGUCAGUUCGUCAUAGCACUGAAUCUCAUUGAAGACUUCCUCAUUGGAGAGGAUUUCAAAUACUUGCGUUUGGAUGGUUCGACCAAGCAAGCCGAACGCCAAAAAGGGAUGGAUGAAUUCAAUCGUCCGGGCUCCGACGUUUUCAUCUAUAUGCUGUCCACACGCGCUGGUGGUGUUGGUAUCAAUCUCUGGAGCGCAGACACCGUUAUCAUCUUCGAUCCCGAUUUCAAUCCACAUCAGGCCAUCGCGCGUUCGCACCGAUACGGUCAAACCAAGCCAUGCUUGGUCUUCAAGCUCAUGGGCAAAGAUACUGCCGAAGAACGGAUAAUGCAAGCUGGGAAGAAGAAGCUGGUUCUGGAUCAUGUCAUUGUGCAAAAAAUGGACAACGACGAGGCCGGCGAAGACGUAAAAUCUAUCUUGACUUAUGGCGCCAAGGCUCUGUUUGAAGACGACCAAACCGCUCGUGAUAUUAUAUAUACCGACCACGAUGUGGACAAUCUCAUUGAGAAGACCGAAACAGAAGGAGACCAAGAAGAGGCUAAAGUUCCUGGUAUGACAUUCGCAUUCGCCAAGGUCUGGGCCGCAGACAAAGAAGGUUUAGAGGAGAUGGCUGACGAAAUCCCGGAGUCCAAUGAACCUUCCGAUUCAUGGGCUCAGGCUUUGCAACGAAUUGCGGACGAGCGUUCCAAAGUUCAGACUAAUGAACGCACUGGGCGUGGUGUCCGUCGCAAAGCUGCUGUCGCUGCGAGCAUGAAGCCGCAGCAAACAUUUGACCUUGAGGAUUCAUCUACGAAGGACAAGUCCGGGGCUAAAAAGCAGGACAGAUCGAAGUCGAUCAUCUCGGACGACUCCGACGCAUAUAUGGACACAUUCUCAAUGGCAUCCGACAACGAAGUAACGGAUGACUUCACAAUGGCCAUGGAUGGUGUUGCUCCCAAAUCGACACAGCCAGUCCAUGCUUCGAUCAACGGGGCGUCUGGACUGUCGGAGCCACCUCCCCAAUACCGCACUCCUGAGAAUCAACGGUCGGUCACUGUUCAAGACAAGGCACAAAGAGAAUGUGGACUAUGCGGCACACGGCACGCGGGGCCUUGUGCUAUGACUGAGAGCUCAGAGAAUUUGGCUGAGUACAGGAUGCUUCUAUUCAAUCAGGCAAAGGAUGAGGAUAUUGAAGAACGGCGCGCAGCGAUUCAAGCCAUUGACGAAACCUUAAGCCAACGUGGACGAAUCGACCUGAUCUACGGCCAGCCUCUCCAGCUUGUCGAAUCAAGUCCUAAUUCGGCCCCUCCAGUAAAAAAUGGAAAAUCUCGUUCUAAUCAACGAAAUCCUCCACCUAUCACUCCGGCUCACCCUGUCAAGAUGGUCGACAAGCCCACUCCGAUGCGACCUCCUUCGCCUCCGCCCGUUGCUGGGCCCUCUCGUGUGACAUCUAUGAGCAGCUCUUUGAAACGCUCUGCGACCCCGCACGAUGAUCACACAAAUUCGAAGAAGGUCAAAAACGGCAAGGAAUCGAUAUGCCCUGUCUGCACGAGGUCUCCCCACCACUUAGUGAUAGAUUGUCCUGUUGUCGCAGCGGGACCAGCGAGUAUAUCAAAAGCAAUUGCAACCUUGGAGCAGCACUCGAGACACGAUCAAAUCGUUCAGAUGCUUCGCAAUCUCUUGAAAAAGCGGAAGAAGCGAGAGUCGUUUUUGUCCGAUACAACAGGGCUUAGUACUUAG